AUGCAGGCAACAACAUCUGCUUCCACGGAUGUGGAUGCAUAUAAAAAGGACAUCACCGUCAGACGGCGUAGCCAGCCAUGCAGCAGUUCCAGCGGGAGCUUGAAAGUGAUGAAUACUGAGACCAAAGCGAUGGAUACCCGGUCGGUCCUGGAGUUGAAGGAGAAGGAGGAGUACGGCGUGUAUGAGGCUGCGGGAUCGACUGACAGAUCCAUCUCUCUCUCCGGGGCCAGCCCGGUGCCGGAGGGGUCUCUGGUACGGCCUGUGCUGUACUGCCUGUCUGUUGCCUUCUGUGGGAUUAUCUUCGGGUGGGAUCUCGGCACAAUCGGGGGUAUUUCGACGAUGCCCUCGUUCCAAAACACACUGGGCCCCCGGUUCAACGGGGAUACCGGGCUGCACGAGUUUCCGGGUAGAUUGCUGGGGCUGUUGAUCGGGAUUUUCAACAUUGGAUGUGCAAUUGGCGGUCUGACGAUUGCCAGGCUAGGCGACAUUAAGGGCAGAAAAAUAGCAAUUCUCACAUCGCUGCUUGUGUAUGCCGUCGGAAUGUUCGUCCAACUGGGAUCCGGACACUUUUGGUACCGCUAUUUUAUUGGCAGACUGAUAGCUGGACUUGCAGUGGGCGCUACUAUGGUGCUGGUACCAAUGUUUUUGUCUGAGUUGGCUCCGGUGCGGAUCCGGGGCGCGAUGAUUGUCUUAUACCAGGUGGUGAUCUGUCUGGGUAUCGCUCUGGGCAGCAUAGUGAACUAUGCUUGUAAGGAGCUGGUCCACGACACGCUGUCGAACAUGACGUGGAAGGUGCCGAUUUUCUUCCAGAUUGGGUUUACCGUUCUUCUCUCGCUGGCUUUGCUGAUCACGCCAGAGUCAGCGGAGUUCCUUGCCAUGAAGGGCCACUUGGAAAAGGCCAAGCGCUCCUUCGCGGUGAUGAACGGUUUGUCAAAGGAUCAUCCGUUCGUUGAGGAGCGGGUCGCGUCCUUCGUUCAAGUCAGUAUGAAGUCUGACGACAUUGAGCAUUCCGGUGACAGAUGGGAGUUCAUCAGAGGUAAUCCUCGUCUAGGUCUCCGUCUAUUUAUUGGUGUGACUGUUAUGGCUCUACAGAUGUUGUCUGGUGUGAACUACUUUUUCUACUACGGGACAACAUUGUUCAGAUUUGUGGGUAUUGAAGAUGCCUAUGUCACGUCUAUCAUCAUUGGCUGCGUUGACUUGCUGGGUACCUUUAUUGGUGUUUACAUCGUCGAAAGACUUGGCCGGAAGAUCUGCUUGUUAUCCGGUGCAACAGGUAUGUUCAUCUGUAUGACAGUCUACGCGUGUCUUGGUUCUUUUGCUUUGAAAGAUGAUUCGAACAACAAGACAGUAGGUGCAGUGAUGAUCUUCUUCACCUGUGUUUUCGUUAUGUUCUUUGCUGCUACCUCUGGGCCAGUAUCCAUGGUGGUAAUGUCUGAAAUCUUCCCCAUCAGGACGAAGGUUAUGUCUAUGGCUAUCUGUACCUCCGUGAACUGGUUGGUCAACUUUUUGAUUGCAUUUGUGACGCCAGAUGUCACUGAUGCAAUUAAUUAUCGUUUCGGGUUUGUCUUCUCCGGCUGCCUAUUAUUCUCGAUAGUGUUUUUCAUCUACUUGGUCCCUGAGACCAAGGGGUUGACACAUGAACAGGUGGAUGCCAUUUACGAGAAAACCCAUGACUAA